AUGGCGGACACCCCUAUGCCGCUGCUCACCUCCUCACGCCUCCACUGGGGCUAUGAUUCCCUGUCCCUGGAGAGGGAGCAGGGCCGAAUGGAAAGAGGCUGGCCCAGCUCUGAGCAGCCCAGUCAGGCUGGAAGGGAUGGGGGCGGCAGCAGUUCCAGCUCGGAACGCAGCUGGCCCAGCCAUGCCCGGCUGGAGCCGCACGGCCGCUGCUCGCUGAUGCUGCUGACGCUCUUGGGGAUGCGCCCGGGGUGCACCUACCACCCGCCCCGGAGGCGCUCCCGGCCUGCCUGGGCCCCUCAGACCUGCAGUCCUGUCUGGAUGUCCCGGAGGCCAGGAGCUGCAGAGACGCCACAGGGACCCGCCAACCAGGCCUCGGGCGAGCCAGGACUCGAGAGACUUGAACACCGACCUCGUCCUCAAGUCACCGCUGUGCGCCGGCCAGCGCUGACGCCCCCGUGCGGCUCCCCGAUGCUGCCGCUGCUGCUGCUGCUCUGGUGGCCGCCCCCGGGAGGCGCCCUACCUCCGGCCCGGGAGCACUCCCCGGCCUUCCCGGGACCCUCAGACAUGCACUCCAGUCCCGACGUGUCCAGAGUCCGCGAGUUGCGGACACGCUACGAGCACCUGCAGACCAGGCUGCUGUUGAACCAGACCUGGGAAGACUCGAACCCCGACCUCAUCACCGCUGCUCAAGUCCGGAUACUCACCCCAAAGCUGAGACUUGGGCCCGAUGGCCACCUGCGCCUGCGCAUCCUCCGGGCCAACCUGACGGAGGGGCUCCCCGCAGGCUCCCGUCUGCACCAGGCCCUGCUCCGGCUGUCCCCGAGGGCGCCACGCUCGUGGGACGUGACGCAGCAGCUGCAGCGGCAGCUCAGCCUUGGAGCCUUCAGGGCUCCCGCACUCCGCCUGCGCCUGCCGCCGCCGUCGGACGGGUUACUGGAGGCACUGCCUUCUGCACGGCCCCAGCUCGAGCUGCGCUGGCGGUCCCCCGCCGCCAGGGGGCGCCGCGGAGCGCAUGCGCACCCCCAAGACAAGUGCCCGCUUGGGGCGGGGCGCUGCUGCCGCCUGCUGAGCCUGCGCGCGUCGCUCGAAGACCUCGGCUGGGCCGACUGGGUGGUGGCGCCGCGCGAGCUGGACGUGCGCAUGUGCGUCGGCGCGUGCCCGAGCCACUUCCGGUCGGCGAGCAGGCACGCGGAGGUGCUGGCGCGGCUGCACGGCCUGAGUCCUGACGCCGCGCCCGCGCCGUGCUGCGUGCCGUCCAGCUACGAGCCCGUGGUGCUCCUGCACCAGGACAGCGAUGGCCGCGUGACGCUCACGCCCUUCGACGACCUCGUGGCCGGCGGCUGCCACUGCCAGUGAGCGGCCUACUCCUCCACUUGCGGCACGUGCGCCGUGGAAGUGACCUCGGUGGUCCUGGCCUGCCGAAUGGGCUUGCGGGUCCUGGACUAUCUCGUUCCUAACCCCUGCUGUCUGCCCCUCCUGCCCAGACCUCUGUAUUUAUGUUUGUAUUUAUUAUUAAUUUAUUGGGGCAGUCUGCCUGGGGACUGGAGGGCUGGUCCGACCGGGUGUGCAUUUAUUUAAAACUCAGGAAAUAAAAAUGAAGCUGUCUGACCUGA